GAAAAAAAGAGCCCAAAUAUAUACCAUAUCCUAUGUUAUGCCCUCACAUAACUCGGUAAACCCUUCACCCACUCACUAGAAUCUUAUCACUUCUCCACCCCAAAAUCCAAUCUUUUAGAUGCAAGCGGCGCUUGCAGCCAUGGCCGCCCACUCAGUCCUCUCCGCCGCCGUUCAAACACCUCAGCUUCCUGCUCUCUUCCCCGCGACGUCCUCUGUUUCGUCGCAGUCCCUUCCGUUCCAUUCCUCCUUCAACGGCGUCGCUGUAAAGGCUAAAGUCCGCCCGUUCUUGUCUCUCUCAGCCGCCACCGCUCCCAGGCCGCUCACCGUCGUCGCCGCAACCAAGAAGGCCGUUGCCGUUCUCAAAGGCACCUCCACCGUCGAGGGCGUCGUUACUCUAACACAGGAGGACAAUGGACCAACUACUGUGAAUGUUCGUAUAACCGGACUUACUCCAGGCAAACACGGCUUUCACCUUCAUGAAUAUGGUGACACCACAAAUGGAUGCAUAUCAACAGGAGCACAUUUUAAUCCAAAUGGAUUGACACACGGAGCUCCUCAAGACGAGGUCCGUCAUGCGGGUGACCUGGGAAACAUUGUUGCUAAUGGCGAAGGUGUAGCUGAGGCAACAAUUGUCGACACACAGAUACCGUUGAGUGGCCCCAACUCAGUUGUUGGACGAGCUUUUGUUGUUCAUGAACUUGAGGAUGACCUUGGAAAAGGCGGUCACGAGCUUAGUCUAACUACAGGCAAUGCUGGCGGACGUUUGGCUUGUGGUAUGUUUUUUGUUCUCAUGUGUUGUUGGUUUGACCCCACAGUAAGAUGGUUCAAACCCCACCCCACCCUUUGGGCCUGAUUCUGUCCGGUUCAUAUAGAGAGAGGCCCAUAUAUGGUGGAACUAUGUUUUACGUUGUGUUGUAUUACUGUUAUUUUGGGUUUGUCUAUCAGUAAUUGAGUGAUGUAACCCUUAAGUUUGAAUCUACUACCUUGCGAUUCAGAAAAUUGUGUAAUGGCACUUGUUCAGUGAGUUGAAUAAAAGGGGAACUAUGGCUUUGUUUUGUUUCAAAAAAUAGCAAACCAACAACAAUGACUUAAAUUACCAUAGGAAGAAAACGAAAAAAUUACAACAAUAAUUAUAAACUUGGACCCAAAACUCGAAUUAAAUGCGUCCUUAAGAACCCUACACAAUCUCCUUUUCUAACUCACGCUGUGACCUACUAAACUCGAACUCCAGCCUGAAUUUGGUAACUCUCAAAUUCUGCUUGAACAACUCGAUUCUCUUUG